AGAUGCUCAAGCUGGUCUUCGUCGCCGUCGUCGUGGCCACGGUCGCCGCCCGCCCCUCCGACCCCUACGGACCGCCCCCUCCCGUUUACGCCGACACUCCGGCCGAGUACCAGUUCAGCUAUGGAGUGAAGGACGACUACUCCAAGAACGACUACGGGCACUCGGAGGACCGCAGCGGCUACAACACCCAGGGGCAGUACCAGGUCCUGUUACCCGACGGCCGCGUGCAGACGGUGGAGUACACGGUCACUAAGGACGGAGGUUUCAUGGCUAAUGUCGUGGCCAAGGGAGUCAGCGCCUACAGUUAAAUGUUCUCUGGUCCUAUAUUGUGCGUUUGAAUGAUUUGUUUUAUACUGUGUGUGUAAAUA